GGCCAAGAAGAUGGCGCCGGAGCACGCUGCGAAGAUUAUCCCGAAGCUCAAGACGAUGGUCGAGGAGGAUCCAUGUGCUAACUGAUCUAUCUUGUCGAUGUAUCUGGCAGUGAUUCGGUUUUUGGUGGUCUUAUCGUGUCAGGUUUCAUGUCGAAAGUCCAUCUUCUCCAUUUUGUAUCUGUUGCCCACUCGUAUCACUCUUCUGAACACAUCACAGGUUCUGACUUGGUGCAGAAGACGGAGCCGUACAUUGAUGGCUUGGGGUUUCUCCUCUCGGAAGAGAGCUACAGCCUGCUGCGCUCUUUGAGAGCUAAGAUCUUCCGUUCGAACGCGAAGGCGAUGAAGGUGGAUGAGAGUGACAACAAGUAGGAGGGUUUCGGACUUGUGAGAAGUCCCUGGUGUUGGCCCUUGCGUGAUCAGUUCGAUCGUGAACUGAUGGGUAACAUCAAUGAUCAUGAUUAUUCGAGGUGGUGGC